GGACUAUUGGUAGGCAAACGCCUCAUGAUCAGACAGUUUGGACUGCUCUUUGUGAGAAAAUCUCCCCACAGAGUUGAACUGUGCAAUAUUUUAGGGUGGCUGAAUGCAGUCAACCCUCUGUGUUUAAAAGACUGAGUGCAAAGACUUUCUUCAAUAUGACGCUUGACAGUCUGUUCUCCCGAGGUCCGUGAACGCAGCACCUGCGCGUGCGACCGUUUACGGCCCUGAUGCCACAGCGUCCUUUAAAUUGUACACUGCGUGGACCACUGAUUGGUUACAGGCACGCGACCACCCUGAGCAUUGUGGGCAGUGUGGUCCAACCCUGUGCAGACUUUCAUGGACGCCAUUCGGACAGCACGAAAUCUGCUCCGGACACUUGGUGAAAUCGUUACUAUUGCUUUUGUCACAAGCCAGCCUGAAGAAGGUUCGGUUAGAACCGAAACGUCGCGACUUUGGCUUGUAUUAUAUGUAUAUAGUUCAUUUUUGUAUUGAUUUAUCAACUUUGAGCAACAAUAAACCGCUCAGUGAUCAAAAUCAGUAUACGAGUUAUCCGUUAGCAUAGAGCUGCCUAGCAUCACCCACACGGUCGAGUGGGACCAGUGGAGAGAGCUAAAGGUAUUAGUGGACGCAUAACCAUGCCCACAUAUGCUACGGAUGGAGAGUGGACCCUCGUUCGGCGACGCAGGGGCCGGAGAGGGGACCGCGACUGGAGAGCUGAGGAGAUCGCACGCAGACCACCUCGCCGAAGCAGCUAUCCAUCUCGAGAGGGUCGGAGGACCUACACGGCGAUCAGGAGAGAUGAUCACCGCAGCGGUGAGUCAGACUUUUUCCACGCACCACAGCGGAAUCGGGGGAGAAACCAGCCGGCAGCAGACCGCUAUGCAGCCCGCCAGGAGAGCUGGAGAGGAGAUCGCGGCUGGGGAGCUGACGAGGACGCACGCCGACCACCUCGGCGCAGCAGCCAUCCAUCUCGAGAAGGUCGGAGGACCUAUGCGGCGGUCGUGAGAGAGGAACACCGCAACGGUCAGCCAGGCUUUUUCCACGCACCACAGCGGAACCGGGGGAGGGACCGUCCGGCACCGGACCGCUAUGCAGCCCGCCAGGAGAGCUGGAGAGGAGACCGCGGCUGGAGAGCUGAGGAGGACGUACGCCGACCACCUCGACGCAGCAGCUACCCAUCUCGAGAAGGUCGGAGGACCUAUGCGGCGGCCGUGGGAGAGGAUCACCGCAGCGACGAGCCGGACUUUUUCCACGCACCACAGCGGAGCCGGAGGGGAGAACAGCCGGCGACAGACCGCUAUGCAGCCCGGCAAGGAAGUCGGACCGGACGGGACCGACGAUUCGAACGGAGAACGGCUCGGGACAAUCGGUAUGUGAGACGCACUCGCGCUGAGCGAGCUGGACCUCCUGUUAACAAAAUAAUUUCAGAUGAUCCGGACUUUUCUAAAAAGGUCCGCAUUAUUCACAGACUUAUUAAGACAGUACAUCAUUUGAAAAAUGUGACUAGUGACACUUAUCCUCCUUCUUUAAACAAAAUAGCACACAAUUUAAAGACUGUUAUUAAACCGGCCGUCCCUACCAAACACACACAAAAUAAGAUUGAGGAGAACGCUAAAAACUGGGCCCGUACAACCAUGGUGAUCCUCCGGCAACAUUACACUCAGAGCGUAGAGGAGGAAUUAAAGGCUCUCUCUGAGUGUUCUAAACAGGACUGGGAGGGCCCGUUCGAGAUAGCAACAUCCUGGGCCAAGAGGAACCUGGGCCGCCGCCUCCAACCUGACUCUCUGGAACAGGCCAGAGCUGAGAUCGUGGCCAAACUGGGGGACCUGGGGACUGCCACUUCAACAGAGGAGGACUAAAGGAUCACAUUCCAGCCCUCACCUCAGACAUUUUCACUACAGAGGAGGAUGACAUUCACUGGUCAUAUGGAACCUCAGAGGCAAUGUUACAACACUGGGAGAUGUAUGUAAAUGGGGAGUCCCCAUAAGCCUGACACAUCGGGAGGGGUCAAGUGAUUUACAUGUUGUUGAUGGUGUUAUGAACUUGUCUAAAAAAUUCCAUCCUUCCACUGCUCAGCGGAGCCUACUGAAUAGAGGCCUGACUUUUAUCCCCACAAAGGGCUACAACAAAAAUUUACAAUUACAAUGCAAAUAUGACAUUCAGCAGUACCAUAGGAGGAUCAAAUUGGCUGCCUUUUAUGGGGAUAAAGAGGAGACUCAAUCUCAGCCCUUCA